UUCCCGCGCUGAUUGGCUCACCUUCGGACUCCGACUUUUGGAACAAUCACGUAAAAGAGCAAUGCCAGCGAGGGUGUCGGAGGUUAAAUGCAAACGAUGUCGUAAAAUUCUUUUUACCGAGGAAGCUACGCCACUGCUUACUGGUCAUGGGGAAGUCAGAGACGGAUCAACGCAUUUUCGUUGCAGAACAGGCACACGGGAACAUAUUCUAUUCCUUUCCUUAGAAAAUAUGCCAGAUUGGAUUAGAGAUAUUGUGAAUAAUGAAUUUUGGGUCAAAGGGAAGAUACAAUGUCCACAUUGUCACUGUCGUCUAGGAUCCUUUGAUUUUGUCAGUCAAACAAAAUGUGAUUGCGGUGAAUUUGUAUUACCUCCUAUUUGGAUAAUUCAUCAACGCGUAGAUAGGUACUCUGACGUUGGGUCUAAUUUACCGGUUCUUUCUAUGCCACGGGCACGUUACAAUCCAGGAGGUGAAGGUUCGGUACAACAUUCGAGAGUAGCAAAUGGUAAUUGAAAUCUGAUAACUAUUAAUAAAAUUUAUCAAAUUAACAUCAUUUUUGGACAAAAUUCUAAUGGAAUGCUGUACACUAGAAUGGUAUUUCAAAAGAAUCUAUAGCAGAACUCUUAAUUCUGUUGAUAGAAUCCAUCUUUUAAUUAUUACGUUACGUAAGUACAAUUAUAGAUAAGUCUCUAUUUUAUAUGUAUUUAUUGAACAAUGUUAUAGGCUAAAUCUGUAAAUUUUACUGGGUGUAUAUUCUGUGUACGAUACAGGUCAUAUCCAAGUAAAACAUUUUAUUUGUAACAACUUA